GGUACUUUUCAAAUAAACAGGGGUGUUGAGAUUUGAAAGAAAUGCUGGCAGGAAAAUAUAGGGUUUUGUUUUCGAUUUUCUUUCCCGGACAUAGGAAAGAUUGGCGAUUUUGAUAGUAGAAACUAAAAGCUAAAAACGCUUCGGCAACCAUUUUCCACUCUUCUUCUUCUUCUUCUUCUUCUAUAGCUUCUCGGAGCAUAGCAUUUUGAAUCCAAACAGGAAAAAUAAAAUAAAAUAAAAAGGCAUCCAUGGAGGAUGGUACUGAACCUGAGUCAAAGACAUCGGCGAGUAAUAAAGACAUGGAUGAUAAAUACAAUGUUGAGGCCGCCGAAGCUCGAGCAAACGAGGCUCUGCGUUUGCCCAUUACCGAGGCCGCACCGAUAUACGAGCACCUUUUGACAGUGUUCCCUACAGCUGCAAAGUAUUGGAAGCAGUAUGUGGAGGCACACAUGGUUGUGAAUAAUGAUGAUGCCACUAAACAGAUAUUUAGCCGGUGUUUAUUGAAUUGUCUACACAUUCCACUUUGGCGGUGCUACAUUCAAUUCAUUAGAAAGGUCAAUGACAAGAAGGGUGUAGAGGGUCAAGAAGAAACUAAAAAAGCUUUUGAUUUUAUGCUCAGCUAUGUUGGAGCGGAUAUAGCAUCUGGGCCUGUUUGGAUGGAGUAUAUCAAGUUUUUAAAGUCAUUGCCGGCAAUAAACACACAGGAAGAGUCGCUGCGGAUGACUGCUGUGCGGAAAGUAUACCAAAGAGCUAUUGUUACUCCUACCCAUCACAUUGAACAACUCUGGAGAGAAUAUGAAAAUUUUGAAAAUUCUGUCAGCAGACAACUGGCAAAAGGGCUUAUUUCUGAAUAUCAACCCAAAUUUAACAGUGCUCGGGCUGUCUACAGAGAGCGGAAGAAAUAUCUUGAUGAAAUUGAUUGGAAUAUGCUUGCUAUACCUCCAACUGGUUCUUACAAGGAAGAAAUGCAAUGGAUGGCAUGGAAAAAGUUGUUAGCUUUUGAAAAAGGGAACCCACAAAGAAUAGACAAUGUAUCGUCCAACAAACGAAUAAUAUUCACGUAUGAACAGUGUUUGAUGUACUUAUACCAUUAUCCUGAUGUAUGGUAUGAGUAUGCUACAUGGCAUGCAAAAAGUGGUUCCAUAGAUGCUGCAAUUAAAGUAUUUCAGAGAGCUUUGAAGGCUCUUCCUGAUUCACAGAUGUUAAGGUAUGCUUAUGCAGAGCUGGAGGAAUCCCGUGGUGCAAUUCAGUCUGCAAAGAGAAUAUAUGAGAGCCUUCUAGGGAAUGGUGUCAGCACGACAUCACUUGCACAUAUACAAUUUAUUCGCUUUCUUAGGAGGACUGAAGGAGUUGAAGCAGCUCGGAAGUACUUUCUUGAUGCGCGCAAAUCCCCAGAUUGUACAUACCAUGUUUAUGUUGCCUAUGCAAUGAUGUCCUUUUGCCUUGACAAGGAUCCAAAGAUGGCACACAACAUUUUCGAAGCUGGAUUGAAACGGUUUAUGCACGAGCCUGUCUACAUUCUUGAAUAUACAGAUUUUUUGAUACGUCUGAAUGAUGAUAGGAAUAUCCGGGCUUUAUUUGAGCGGGCACUAAGCUCACUACAACCAGACGAAUCGGUUGAGGUUUGGAAACGGUUCACCCAUUUUGAACAAACUUAUGGAGAUUUGGCUAGCAUGUUAAAGGUUGAGCAAAGAAGGAAAGAAGCACUUUCUAGAAAUGAAGAGGAUCCAUCAACUUUGGAAGUUUCAUUACAAGAUGUUGUAGCACGAUACAGCUUCAUGGAUCUUUGGCCAUGCUCUACUAAGGAUUUGGAUCAUUUGGCGCGGCAUGAGUGGCUUACUAAAAAUACGGACAAGAAAGUGAAGUCAGCUAUUUCCAAUGGAUCUGGAUUUAUAGACAAGGGCACAACGGGUUUAGUAAGCAAUGCAACUGGGUCUACAAAGGUUAUUUAUCCAGAUACUGCUCAAAUGGUGAUCUAUGAUCCUAGGCAAAAGCCUGUACCUGCAGUUCCUGCUGGUUUAAGCACCUUGUCAAAUCCCGUUGCUGCAGUGAGUGGUCAAACAACAAAGGCAUUUGAUGAAAUAUUAAAAGCAACACCACCUGCUUUGCUAGCCUUCUUAGCAAAUUUGCCUGCUAUUGAGGGUCCAACACCAGAUGUGGAUGUUGUAUUGUCCAUUUGUCUGCAGAGUGACAUACCAAUAGCGCAACCCGGAAAGUCUGGUUCAGCCACAACAAAAUUGCCAUCUGGGCCUGGUCCUAGUACAAGUGACCUCUCUGGUUCAAGCAGAUCUCAUCCUCUCCUGAGUGGUUCAUCUUUCAAGCCUACUAGGGGAAAAAGGAAAGAAAUAGAUAGGCAAGAUGACGAUGAGACUACGACGGUUCAGAGCCAACCAUUGCCAAGAGAUGCUUUCAGGAUACGGCAGUACCAGAAAGCAGCUAGAGGUAGCGCUUCACAAACAGGAUCAGCAUCAUAUGGAAGUGCAAUUUCCGGAGAUCUAUCUGGUAGCACUGGCUAAUUUUACAUAUGUAUUUUGGUGUUCCCACAAGCACGCCUAGUUCCUUUUGGCUAUGUUCAUGUUCUAACAAUUUAGGCCAUUGUUUUGCUCUCUGCAGACAACUUGGUAGAGUUUCUUCUGAAUGUGAAAUUCAUGUUAUGUCCCAUCAUAUAUAUGUAUGCAUUAUGUAUGCCUUUUAACUCCCAAAAACAUUUGGGGAAAUAGUGGUGAUAUUAUCACUUGUAUAUAUGUGGGGAUAAUGAGGCUACACAUGUUCUCUGAAACUUGGUGUCGAAUAAUUGAAGCGAGAGUUUUAAAAGUGCAUAGUCCUAAUUAGAAUCCAGAUCCAACAUGUAAUAUAUAAGGAUACAAACCAUUAUUUUUGGUAACAAUGAUUUUGAGCGGUAUCCCUUUUAUUUA